GCCCCCGCCCCGCCGAGCUCCGCGAUCAGCACCCGGGACAGCGCCACCGCCCACGUGCGGGCGGGGCCGGCGCCUCGGUGUCUCGGGAGGUCCCGUUCAGCCGCGGAGCAGUUGGGGGCCUAGGGCGUUUGAGUGCCUCCGCAGACAGGACCGUUGGGUCUCGCUGCCAUGUUUCCGGAGCCUCCGACCCUCGGGCCUCCAGCGUCCGAUGCGCCGCCGGACUCCAGCCGUAUCAGCCACGGCCCAGUGCCCCCCUGGGCCCUGGCCACCAUCGUGCUGGUCUCAGGCCUCCUUGUCUUCAGCUGCUGUUUCUGUCUCUACCGGAAGUGCUGUCGGAGGCGGAUGGGCAAGAAGAGCCAGGCCCAAGCCCAGGUCCACUUUCAGGAAGUGAAGGAGUUGGGCCAGAGUUACAUAGACAAGGUGCAGCCAGAAGUGGAGGAGCUGGAACCAGCACCAUCCGGGCCAGGGCAGCAGGUGACAGACAAGCAUGAGCUAGGACGACUGCAGUACUCACUGGAUUAUGACUUCCAGAGUGGCCAGCUGCUGGUCGGUAUCCUGCAAGCAGAGGGAUUGGCAGCCUUGGAUCUGGGUGGUUCCUCAGACCCCUAUGUGAGGGUCUACCUGCUGCCGGACAAGCGGAGGCGGCACGAAACCAAGGUGCAUCGGCAGACACUGAACCCGCACUUUGGGGAGACCUUCGCCUUCAAGGUCCCCUACGUGGAGCUGGGAGGCAGGGUGCUGGUCAUGGCGGUGUAUGACUUCGACCGCUUCUCCCGCAAUGAUGCCAUCGGGGAGGUGCGCGUCCCCAUGAGCUCGGUGGACUUGGGGCGGCCCGUGCAGGCCUGGCGGGAGCUGCAGGCGGCUCCGCGGGAGAAGCAAGAGAAACUAGGAGACAUCUGCUUCUCCCUCCGCUAUGUCCCCACGGCUGGGAAGCUCACCGUCAUCGUCCUGGAGGCUAAAAACCUGAAGAAGAUGGACGUAGGAGGACUGUCAGAUCCCUAUGUGAAGGUCCACCUGCUGCAGGGCGGGAAGAAGGUGCGGAAGAAGAAAACCACCAUCAAGAAGAACACUCUGAACCCCUAUUACAACGAGGCUUUCAGUUUCGAGGUGCCCUGUGACCAAGUCCAGAAAGUCCAGGUGGAGCUGACCGUGCUGGACUACGACAAGCUGGGCAAGAACGAGGCCAUCGGGAGGGUGGCCGUGGGGGCAGCGGCUGGCGGGGCCGGCCUGCGGCACUGGGCAGACAUGCUGGCCAACCCCCGGCGGCCCAUUGCCCAGUGGCACUCGCUGCGGCCCCCUGACCGGGUGAGGCUGCUGCCCGCGCCCUGAUCCUCACCCCACGCUCCUGGCCAAGCCCGGACUGCUGACCCCAGACUCCUGAGACUGGCCAAAGCCAAGCCCAGUGCUACCCCGAAGGCUUCUCUGACGGCUAGCCCCUCCCCAGUCCCCAACUAUCUGAUCCUUUCCUGCCUUCUCGCCCCCUAUUAUGCCCCCUAUUAUGCCAAUCGUGACAACUUUCUAACAACACCUCCCCUGCGAUGCACAUACCCAGAAGCCCCAGGGACCCGUGGUUGGGGGAGGGGAAGCAGUCUGGUUCCGCCCCAGGGUCCUGCCCUCUGUUCUGACAAUCAGCGUUCCCAGUGUACUGUCCCCUUCACUCCCAAAGCCGCUGUCCCCACACAGCCUGAUCCCUGCCCCGCUGCUGGGGCCAAAUAAAUGUUCAGCAGCUCUGGUG